GGGCCCGCCGGAAGUGGCGCAGCGGCAGGGAGGGGCUCUUCACCCGGUCCGGCAGCUGAAGCUGGGCGCUCGGGUUACCCCUGCAGCGACGCCCCCUGGUCCCACAGACACCACUGCUGCUCCCGCCCCUUCGCUCCUCGGCCGCGCAAUGGGCACCCGCGACGACGAGUAUGACUACCUCUUUAAAGUUGUUCUUAUUGGAGAUUCUGGUGUUGGAAAGAGUAAUCUUCUAUCUCGAUUUACUCGAAAUGAGUUUAAUUUGGAAAGCAAGAGCACCAUUGGAGUAGAGUUUGCAACAAGAAGCAUCCAGGUUGAUGGGAAAACAAUAAAGGCACAGAUAUGGGACACAGCAGGCCAAGAGCGAUACCGAGCUAUAACAUCAGCAUACUAUCGUGGAGCUGUAGGUGCCUUAUUGGUUUAUGACAUUGCUAAACAUCUCACAUAUGAAAAUGUAGAGCGAUGGCUGAAAGAACUGAGAGAUCAUGCUGAUAGUAACAUUGUUAUCAUGCUUGUGGGCAAUAAGAGUGAUUUACGUCAUCUCAGGGCAGUUCCUACAGAUGAAGCAAGAGCUUUUGCAGAAAAGAAUGGUUUGUCAUUCAUUGAGACGUCUGCUCUAGACUCUACAAAUGUAGAAGCUGCUUUUCAGACAAUUCUAACAGAGAUAUACCGCAUUGUUUCUCAGAAGCAAAUGUCAGACAGACGUGAAAAUGACAUGUCUCCAAGCAACAAUGUGGUUCCUAUUCAUGUUCCGCCAACCACUGAAAACAAGCCAAAGGUGCAGUGCUGUCAGAACAUCUAAGGCAUUUCUCUUCUCCCCUAGAAGGCUGUGUAUAGUCCAUUUCCCAGGUCUGAGAUUUAAAUAUAUUUGUAAUUCUUGUGUCACUUUUGUGUUUUAUUACUUCCUCAUACUUAUGAAUUUUUCCAUGUCUUAAGUUUUGAUUUUAGCUUUAUAAAAUCAUCCACUUGUCCCGAAUGACUGCAGCUUUUAUUUCAUGCUAUGGCUUCACUAGCCUUAGUUUAAUAAACUGAAUGUUUGGAUUCCUCAA